UCACACUGGUGACGACAUUGCUAUUUUUGUUUUGCGUUUCACAAGUUCUGGAAAUAUGUCAGACCUCUCGUACCUGGAGACAAUCUCCAACAAGGAGCUGCUGGCCAAGUGCCUGGAACAUGGCCUGCCCGGCGUCCCGGUGACUGAUACCACACGCGCUGUCAUAAUUCGUCGACUGCGCGCCACCAUUUUAGGCUCGCCUCUGAACAAGCGCAAAACUGUUCAGGGCAAAACUGCUGCCUCGGCAACAAAGCAGCAAGCUACUCCUAGGCGUGAAACCAUACACGGCAGCAAGGUGACGCCCGCAGCGGAGAAUGUGAGACGCACAGCAGGUAAAAGCCCAAGUCGCAUUGCCAGCAGCAGCAUCAGCAACAACAACAACAACAGCAUCAACAAGCAGAAUGAGCGUAGUCGUCGCACGGUUGCCUAUGGCCUGGACAAUACAUCCGACUCGGGACGCUCUGUACAGACCACAACCACCGUCUCGGAUGUGGGCUCCCAGUCGGAGGACGAUGACUAUUAUGUGGUGGAUUCGCCAGUCGCACGGUACUCGAAUCUGCAGCAAACGUCUCCCGAUCGCGAGGAUCCACGCCGGUCUGUGUCGUUGACCAAGUCUGGAGUGCUGACCACAUCCUACACACGUGAGGUGGAGCAGCCGCACUAUGAACGGCACGAGGAGUACAUACCCAAAAGCCACAACUAUGAGCGUUCGCCCCUGAACACGCUGCCCAGCUACGUGCCGCGCAUCGUAACACCCUCUAGACGCCCUAUGAACUUAGAUAUGGCGGCUCUCUCCAGGACGCAGAACGUACAGACGCAGCUGAACUCGACCAGCUAUCAGGAGGAUGCUGGUUACAGCCAGCCGCAGCCUAUUCGUGCCCCACGGAACACAUUCAGCGGCUCUGCCAAGCCUUUUGGCGCAGCGGCGGCUCCAUCUCAGCCGCGCCAGAGUGGACCAACUGGUGGCUUAAGGCAGCCACUCCAACCGAUGAACGCACCCAUGAACACGCUCUAUCCGACACUGAACCAGUUCUACGAUCAACCGGACAACAACGCUCGGCCCAUUGAAACCGACAGCGAAUCGGAGGCAGAAGAGGAGCCACAGCUACGAAGUAGCCACCUAUCGCAGACACGCUCAUCGCCACUGGCACGUCCGCCACUGCCAGCCAGGCAAAGGCAAGGACAAGUGUCGCCGCCCAUGGUACAGUUCCGUGAGCUGUUCCGCUCUCUGGAUCGUCAAUAUCAUCUCAAGUUCUACUUCCUCCUGUGUGUGACUGUGAUGGUGGCCACCAUGUUGUACGUGGCCCUGACUCCCGCUGUUUGACUCCGUAUAUUUUGGACUCCAUUUUGGACUCCGUAUAUUAAUUAAAACAAAAAAGACUUGCAUUAAAAUGUUAAAAAGGGAACAGGCUCCGAUCGGAUGAGGAAUAAAAACUUGUGUGCACUUAAAGAAUUCCCCCAAGUACAGCAGGAUACACAGGAUACGGGCUAGAUAGAGUUCAAUCGCCAAGUCUUUUAUUUCUUGUGUUGCUUAAGAUUUUCACUUUAUACAUAAUUAGAAAAAUGUACUACAUUAUAAUUAUUUGUAUUAAAUAAACUAAUUAAAUGUAA